GGAUUCCCUUUCCAGCCAAUCGCGCGUGAGCAACGGGAUUGCCCCUAACAAAUAUGGCGGGCGAGGCCUCGGUGUGGGCAGACUGAUUUAACACCCAAACCCGGCGGCCAGCGAAGACAGUGGUAGCGACGCGGCCCCGAGCAUGGAGGGCGGCAGCGCCGGCAGCGGCGGCAGCGACAGCAGCCCCAGCGGGAGUGGCGGGGCGCAGCAAAGGGAGCUGGAGCGCAUGGCUGAGGUCCUGGUCACCGGGGAGCAACUACGGCUCAGGUUGCAUGAGGAAAAGGUUAUUAAAGAUAGGCGACAUCAUCUCAAAACCUACCCAAACUGUUUCGUCGCAAAAGAACUGAUUGACUGGCUGAUCGAGCACAAAGAGGCUUCUGACCGAGAGACAGCAAUUAAACUCAUGCAGAAAUUAGCAGACCGGGGCAUCAUUCAUCAUGUGUGUGAUGAGCACAAGGAAUUCAAGGAUGUCAAACUCUUCUACCGCUUCAGAAAGGAUGACGGCACCUUCCCAUUGGACAACGAAGUGAAGGCCUUCAUGAGAGGACAGAGGCUAUAUGAGAAGCUGAUGAGCCCUGAAAACACACUCCUGCAGCCCCGGGAAGAGGAGGGGGUCAAGUAUGAGCGCACCUUCAUGGCAUCUGAAUUCCUGGAUUGGCUGGUUCAGGAAGGUGAGGCCACCACAAGGAAAGAGGCAGAGCAACUAUGCCACCGGCUUAUGGAGUAUGGCAUCAUACAGCAUGUGUCCAACAAGCACCCAUUCGUGGACAGCAAUCUUCUCUACCAGUUCAGAAUGAACUUCCGGCGGAGGCGAAGACUCAUGGAGCUGCUCAAUGAAAAAUCCCCUUCCCAGGAAACGCACGACAGUCCCUUCUGUCUGAGGAAGCAGAGCCAUGACAACCGGAAAUCUACCAGUUUUAUGUCAGUCAGCCCCAGCAAGGAGAUCAAGAUCGUGUCUGCCGUGAGGAGGAGCAGCAUGAGCAGCUGUGGCAGCAGUGGCUACUUCAGCAGCAGCCCCACCCUCAGCAGCAGCCCCCCUGUGCUCUGCAACCCCAAGUCUGUGUUGAAGAGGCCCGUCACUUCUGAGGAACUCCUGACUCCCGGAGCACCGUAUGCCCGGAAGACAUUCACAAUUGUCGGUGACGCUGUUGGCUGGGGCUUUGUGGUGCGAGGAAGCAAGCCAUGCCACAUCCAGGCCGUGGACCCCAGUGGCCCUGCGGCCGCGGCAGGAAUGAAGGUCUGUCAGUUUGUCGUCUCUGUCAAUGGGCUCAACGUGCUGCAUGUGGACUACCGGACUGUGAGCAAUCUGAUUCUGACCGGCCCACGGACCAUUGUCAUGGAAGUCAUGGAGGAGUUAGAGUGCUGAGCGGGGGGCCUUCCUGGCGCUUCGAGUGGCUGUGGAUGAGCAAAGCCAAAACAACACAACGCAAUGCAGCGACAAGACUUCCAUGCACAUGGAUGGCUCUGGACAUACAAACCUUUCCUUCGUACAGACACAUCUUGAUUUGAGUUUCAUACACUGUUUUGAACGUGGAAGAACCGGGUAAUAGAUCUUAAAAACAGCAGCUUAUGUCAGUAUAGAAAAUAUUUGGGACAGAAUUUUCUUAAUGGGUAGAAUUGCUUUACUUGAUUUCUGUUUGUAGUUCUCGUUCACUGUUUCUUAUUUUAAUUUACUGAAAGUUGUUGAAAUGUGUCUCUAGCCAAAACAGCAACUCGCUAAAAUCUCCUUCAUAGGAAUCAAUAGAGGAGUUUUUAGGGGCUUUAAACUGCAUUCUCACCAAAAUGAACAUGGAACUGUUUAAUAGAGAAUCUAGAUUUCACUGAGCUCCAAAUUAAAGCAACAGUCAAAGGAAUAGUAUCUGUUAAGAUACUAUUGUUUUGAAGGAGGAUCUAAAGCUUUCAAGAGCUUACAGCCAUCAAAAAAUGGCUUUUUUUCUUCUGAAUUUCUGCCUUUAGUGUCAACUUUAACUCAACAUAUGUUUUCAACUAUAGCAUUAGUUAAAAAGCAAAAACUCUGUGAUUAUAUGGGUGCGUAGAUAGGGAGAUACUACUUCAACUUGUUUUUCAAUUUUUUCUGUCUGAGCCAAAAUCAUUUGUUCUAUCAACUAUAACAGCUUUCUGGAAUUAAUGCUGAAUGUAUUGAAUAUCAAAAUAGAGACGUUUGUAUAUACACAUAUACUUUAGAAUCAAGCCUCUGACAAGAUUUCACUUUGAGGGUGUCCCUUUUUUAAGUGAAGUGUUCUAGAACUUGGCCCAUAUGUGACAAAACUUGAAACUAAAUUGCCUUACUGGCCUGAAUCUUUACUAGCUUUCUAGUAUAACGUAUUCUAAGGACAUGACAUGCUACUUAUAUGGCGGGAAUAUUUUUCACCAAAAGCAAGUCUCAAGUUGUAACUUUUCAGCUCGCUUGUAUAUAUGCAUGUUUCUUUAUUUGGUGUAGAAAAGAAUGCAUUUUGGGGCUCAGUGUAUAGAGGAAAUUCCUCAACGUGCCAAAUUAAGGAGUCAGGGAAUGCUGAAUUCUUCUUCAUUUCAUAUAAUGCAUUCUGAACGAUGAGGUUACUUUCUUAUUAUGUAUUAACAAAAUAAAAUAUGAAUGAUG